AUACAUUAUCUACCAUUCAUUAUACCCGGGUGUUUUAGUAGGAUUUCUCAUCAUUUUACCGCCAAUCUUUUAAUGCGAUAAGCUAAGUUCUGUUCAUCAAGUAAUGCUGAAAUCAAUCCUUACUCCGAUUUUCUCGACUUUUCCGGCCAAACCCAGGUAUCGGAAACUAUUGUGUCGUGCAAUUUCCUGUAAUUUUAAUCCCAUUCAAACUGUUCGACAAAAUGCCGCACCCAACAUCUUCACAACCCCUCAACUCCCUCCAACGUCAGUUUACAUUCACCUCCCUUUCUGUCGAAAACGCUGCCACUACUGCGACUUCCCAGUCGUCGCUCUCGGUUCUAACUCACCGGCCCAAACCAACGACAACGAAGACGAUCCCCGUAUAUCGAACUACAUCCAAUUACUAUGCCGAGAAAUCAAUGCUUCCAGAGUGAGUUUCGAGUCUCACUCACCACUCGAAACCGUCUUCUUCGGCGGAGGAACACCGUCUCUCGUGCCACCGAGGCUGGUUUCAUCGAUUCUUGAUUUGUUGAAAGGGAAAUUUGGGGUGACUUCGGAUGCCGAGAUAUCAAUGGAAAUGGAUCCUGGAACAUUUGAUGUUAAGAAAAUGGAGGAGUUUAUGGAGUUGGGUGUGAAUCGAGUUUCGUUGGGAGUUCAAGCGUUUCAAGAACAGUUGUUGAAGGCUUGCGGGAGAGCUCAUGGAGUUGACGAGGUGAAUGAGGCCAUUGAGAUAAUGAAAUCGUGUGGGGUUGAGAAUUGGAGUUUGGAUCUAAUCUCUUCUCUGCCUAAUCAAGCUCCACAAAUGUGGGAGGAAAGCUUAAAGUUGACCAUCGAAGCUCAGCCAAAUCACGUCUCCGUUUAUGAUUUGCAAGUUGAACAAGGCACCAAAUUUGGAACAUUGUACACACCAGGGGAGUUUCCUUUACCUACUGAUGUGCAGUCUGCCGAUUUUUAUAGAAUGGCGUCGAGAAUGCUUUCAGCUGCCGGAUAUAACCAUUACGAAAUCAGCAGUUAUUGCCAAGACGGAUUUGAAUGCAAGCACAAUUUUACAUACUGGAAAAACAAACCAUUUUAUGGUUUUGGCCUAGGGUCUGCUAGUUAUGUACGUGGAAUGAGGUUUUCAAGACCGAAGAAAAUGGGAGGGUACAUCAAUUUUGUACGGAGUUUGGAGAAUGGCAUGGUCGAUUACACCGGGAACACUAAUAUAAAUGUUGGAGACUUGGCAUCAGAUAUUGUGAUGCUCUCUCUUAGAACUGCGGCUGGACUCAAUUUGAAGUCCUUCCGAUGCGCAUUUGGGUACUCGGUUGUAGCUUCUCUUUGUGAAGCUUAUAAGCCUUUCAUUGAAAGUGGACAUGUGCUUUGCUUGAAUGAGCAGAGAAGAGUUGUAACUGCAGAUGAAUUCAAUGCCUCAUUGAAUGAAGAUGGUAUCGGACGAGGAUUAGCUUAUAUUCGGCUCAGUGAUCCGGACGGCUUCCUAUUAUCGAACGAAUUGAUCUCUAUUGCAUUUGGGGUCAUUGCUCUCUAGAACUUUUGAGUUUCAAAUGUUAAACCUUUUUUUAUGGUGCAUGUUGCAUUCGGGGUUAUGAUGUACAAUUAUGAACGGUCGACCAUGCCAGGAACACAGAUAUAGAUGCCAACGGGGCUCGAUUUGAAGGCUUCUUGAUAUGCAUUUCGGGAACUUGGUUAUAGCUUCUCUUGGUGAGGCUUAUAAGCCUUUCGUUGAAAGUUGCUUUGCUUGAAACUGCAUGCAAUAUGAAGACGAUAUCGGGCAAGGAUUAGCUUAUAUUCCGCUCACGAUCAAGGUGGUUUUCUCUUAUCGAGAAAAUCGAUAUCGAUUGCAUUCGGGCUUUCAUAUCUGAAGCUUCUUUUUUAUUGAUAUGCUUUGUGAUUGGGGCAAUUGCUGCUUAAAAGUGCAUAAAACAAUUGUAAAUAUGAAGCUUUCUGAUAGUUUCCAGCCAAGCCUAAUUAUGGCUUUUGGCAUGGCAAGGGAGACCACAAGAAAUGUUGGAGAGCAAUGUUCUUGGUUUUCCGCACAUGCAAUUAUUCUUCAUUCGUAUGUUUGAAAAUCGAACCUUAACAUCAUACAAGUUUUUAGUAGA